CAUGACUCUCCUGAAACGUAUGACCUGUCUCUGGCCUUGGCGUGUAGCGUAUAGCGCGGUGCUGCUAGCUAGUUGUGUACCGGUGUAGGGCUGAAUAACGUUAACUAUAGCUAGUGUUUCUGACCGAGAAGUCGGCUAGUAAACUGGGAGCCGUUACAGCGCAGCUGAGCCACAAUGCUGAAAUGUAGAACUGUAUGGAAAAAGCUUGCACCACUUGCUAGAGCUUCCUCAACUGUGUGCCGACAGAAUGUGAGAAGAACAGGGUUAACCAGUAGAAGAAUACCAGCAUGUGGACCUGUGGCUCAUAUGUCCACCGGGCCUGCAGGGGGAGGCAGGGAAAACCAGCUGUACAUCCUUCUGGUUGGAGCAGCCGGCGUUGGUGGUGCACUAUACACAUACCGAACUGUCAAGGGAGACAGCCAAAGAUAUCAGGACCGUAUUGAUGAAAUUUCUUCCAGAUCAUAUAAAAGAGCCACGGCAGAACCAGCCACCUCCAUCAAGUCAGAGUCUCUUGCUGUGGAUGCCACUGAAACAGAGGUCAUCCCAGAGCCAGAACCUUCACUAGAACCUGAAGCAGCACCUUCACUAGAACCUGAAGCAGCACCUUCACAAGAACCUGAAGCAGCACCUUCACCAGAAGAGCCAAGCCCCCCGGCCCCUGAUGCUGAAGUAGCGGCUCCCGAAACAACUGAACUACCCCCAGCAGAUGAGCCAGUGGUAGAAGCAUCCCCAGAAGAGUCAGCAGAACCAGCUGCUGUGCCUGUAGUUGAGGAGGAACCAUUACCCCCCUCUGAGCUGUCCCCACUUACAGAGUUGCUCCCUGCACCUGUUGUGGAGAGUGAACCUGCAGCAGCAGAAAGCCCCGCAGCAGAGCCAACCGAGCCUCAACCUGAAGUUGUGGCAGAGAGUGGUGGCCCUGCACCUGACUCUCUCAAGGUCCCCUCGCACACCCCCUACCUCCUUAUUGGUGGAGGUACUGCCUCAUUUGCUGCUGCCCGGUCUAUUCGAGCCAGAGACCCCGGUGCCAAGGUAUUGAUUGUGACUGACGAGUCAGACCCUCCAUACAUGAGACCACCUCUCUCUAAGGAACUGUGGUUCUCUGAUGACCCCGGUGUGACUGAAACACUGCGUUUCAAACAGUGGAAUGGAAAGGAAAGGAGUAUCUACUUCCAGCCACCAUCAUUCUACAUUAAUGCAGAAGAAUUGAAUAGUGCCGAAAAUGGUGGAGUAGCAAUUCUCACCGGCAAAAAGGUGGUUCACAUGGAUGUGAGAGGAAACAAGAUAAAACUGGACGAUGAUACAGAGAUUUCAUAUGACAAGUGUUUGAUUGCUACAGGUGGUGUGCCAAGAAAUCUACAGGUCAUUGAAAGAGCAGGAGAGGAGGUGAUGAAGAAGACAACGUUGUUCCGCAAGAUCGAGGACUUCAAAUCGUUGGAUAAGGUCUCCAGAAACGUCAAGUCCAUAACAAUCAUUGGAGGCGGCUUCUUGGGCAGCGAGCUGGCCUGUGCACUCGGCAGGAGAUCCACUGAGUAUGACCUGGAGGUGGUACAGAUGUUCCCUGAGAAGGGCAACAUGGGAAAAGUGUUGCCUGAGUAUCUGAGCAACUGGACAACAGAAAAAGUCAAGAGUGAGGGUGUGAAAGUCAUAUCAGAAGCUUUGGUGAAAUCUGUGGUCUGCAAAGAUGAUAAAUUAGAAAUCAAACUGAAGGAUGGCCGUUUGGUGAAAACCGACCACAUUGUUGCAGCUGUUGGCCUGGAGCCCAAUGUUGACCUUGCUAAGUCAGCUGGUCUGGAGGUAGACUCUGACUUUGGUGGUUUUCGGGUCAAUGCAGAGCUGCAAGCUAGAUCCAAUAUUUGGGUGGCAGGAGAUGCUGCCUGUUUCUAUGACAUCAGACUGGGCCGCAGACGAGUGGAGCACCACGAUCAUGCUGUUGUGAGUGGAAGACUAGCAGGAGAGAAUAUGACCGGAGCCAACAAACCCUACUGGCAUCAGUCUAUGUUCUGGAGUGACCUGGGUCCUGAUGUAGGCUACGAGGCGAUUGGGAUUGUUGACAGCAGCCUACCAACAGUAGGAGUGUUUGCCAAAGCCACUGCCAAAGAUACACCUAAAGCUGCUACAGAGAAGUCAGGAACUGGGAUCCGCUCUGAAAGCGAAACAGAGGAAACAGCUACUAGCCCGGUGGCCUCUUUAACGCUUGCUCCCACCGCGGAGCAGAACAAAGACGAGUAUGGAAAAGGAGUCAUCUUCUACCUGAGAGACAAAGUGGUGGUGGGCAUUAUCCUGUGGAACGUGUUUAACAGGAUGCCAAUCGCAAGGAAGAUUAUCAAGGAUGGAGAGGAACAUGCAGAUCUGAAUGAGGUGGCCAAACUGUUUAACAUCCACGAUGAUUAAAGAUGGAGGCCAGCACUCAUUGUGGGAGAGGAGUUAAGCUUCAUGUGAAGACUGAACUUUGGCUGCCAUUGCCGCACUCUUGAAAACAAAACUGAUCAUACAUACAAAACAGUAGGAUUCAUGUAAAUUAUCUCAUGUUGCUGAAAUAUUUUUCAUGUUUCAUGGAAUUUGUAUCUGCUGCACUGGUUUUGUUUUGUUUGUUUUGUUUUUCUAUCCAGGAAAACUCCUUUUCCACCAAACCUAUUGCUCAUGUUUUUGAAAAUCAUAUUCAAGAUGUGAUUGUGCUUCCCCCCCCCCGCAGGCUAAAAAUGCUGAGCAUGGAUUAUUGUUUUCCUCUGUGUGAUCAGAGCAGCUUGUUGUGAGAGAAGCUGCAAUAAAAACUAUUUUUCAAUUGGA